AUGUUGUUUGCCAUUGAGGAGAUCAACAACAGAACUGAUAUUCUUCCUGGGGUUAAAGUGGGUUAUCAAAUCUAUGAUGGCUGUGUUCAAGCAAUCAUAGGAGAAACAUCCUCCAGUCCCUCGAUUGCCCUGUCUGCCACUGUGGGACCUUUGUACAUACCUGUGGUCAGUCACUUUUCAACAUGUGCAUGCCUAAGUGAUAGGAAAAAACAUCCAUCUUUCUUCAGAACUAUUCCCAGUGAUUUCUACCAGAGUAGAGCUUUGGCUAAGUUGGUCAGGCAUUUUGACUGGACAUGGGUAGGGGCCCUAUGCAGUGAUAAUGACUAUGGGAACAAUGGCAUAAAUGAAUUCAUUAUUGCAGCCAAAAAACAGGGAAUCUGUAUUGAAUAUUCCAUGGCAUUCUUCAGGACAGACCCCAGAGAAAAAAUUCUGAAAAUAGUUGAGAUUAUCAAGGCUUCAACCUCCAAAGUUAUUGUUGCUUUUGUUGCAUACUCUGACUUUGGGGUUCUUCUGAAGGAAAUGGCCUUACAGAACUUGACUGGGUUUCAGUGGAUUGGUAGUGAGGACUGGAUUUCUGAAAUCAACCCAGAUUAUGCCCAAUGGCAGCAUCUUCUGAAAGGAUCCAUGGGUUUUGCAAUCCCAAAAGCUCAAAUUAAGGGCCUAGGGCAAUUUCUGACCAAAAUUAAUCCUGCUUCUGAUGCAACUAUUUACAAGGAGUUGUGGGAGACAAUAUUUGAAUGUAAGCUCCCCACACAAGAAAAAGCUGAUAUGAAACAAAUGUGCAAAGGUGAUGAAAGUCUUAGUCAAGUUCAAAACCUUUAUACAGAUGUCUCAGAAUUACGAGUUGCAAGUAAUGUUUACAAGGCUGUGUAUGCGGUAGUCAAUGAGUUGAAGAAACUCCAUUUCACAACUACAGCUGGAGAGAAUGUAUACUUUGAUGAAAAUGGAGACCCUGCUGCAAGGUAUGAACUGCUGAAUUGGCAACAGGGUAAAAAUGGUAAAAUAGUGUUUGUUAAAGUGGGCUUCUAUGAUCGCUCUUUGCAAGCACACCUUCAGCUGUCAUUUAAAAAUGUCAGUAUAGCCUGGGCCCACAAGAAAGCACAGGUGCCAGUCUCUGUGUGUAGUCCAAGUUGUCCCCUGGGCAUGCGGAAAGCUGUGCAGAAAGGAAGGCCAAUCUGCUGUUUUGACUGUAUUCCUUGCGCAGAGGGGGAAAUCAGUAAUAUAACCGAUUCUAUAACUUCUAUCAAGUGCCCACCAGAACUGUGGUCCAAUGACAGGAAAGACACCUGUGUUUUAAAAGUAGUGGAAUUCCUGUCAUUUGAGGAAAUAAUGGGGAUCAUUCUUGUAUCAUUUUCCUUGUUAGGAGUAUCUUUUACCAUCUGCAUUGCUGUAAUUUUUUUCAAACACAAGGACACACCAAUUGUUAGAGCAAAUAAUUCUGAACUGAGCUUCCUGCUGCUGUUCUCUCUGACUCUCUGUUUCCUCUGUUCACUUGCAUUCAUUGGUCAGCCUUCUGCAUGGUCCUGUAUGUUGCGCCACACAGCAUUUGGGAUCACCUUUGUUCUCUGCAUCUCCUGUGUUCUGGGGAAAACAGUAGUGGUGUUAAUGGCCUUCAGUGCAACACUUCCAGGAAAUAAUGUCAUGAAAUGGUUUGGGCCUCUACAGCAGAGACUCAGUGUACUUGCCUUCACUCUUGUACAGGUUAUUAUUUGUGUAUUGUGGUUGACAUUAUCCCCUCCUUUUCCUGACAAAAAUAUGAAGUACUCCAAAGAAAAGAUCAUAUUAGAAUGUAAUGUAGGCUCAGCUCUUGGGUUCUGGGCCGUACUGGGUUAUAUAGGACUCCUGGCUCUUUUGUGUUUUAUUUUGGCUUUUCUGGCCAGGAAGCUGCCUGACAAUUUCAAUGAAGCCAAAUUCAUUACAUUCAGCAUACUCAUAUUCUGUGCAGUUUGGAUCACAUUUAUUCCUGCUUAUGUCAGCUCUCCUGGAAAAUUCACUGUAGCUGUAGAGAUAUUUGCCAUUUUAACAUCAAGCUUUGGUUUACUGAUCUGCAUAUUUGUUCCAAAGUGUUAUAUAAUCAUACUGAAACCUGAGAAAAAUACUAAAAAGGAAAUGAUGGGUAAAGCACCUGCAAAAUAA